AUUCAUUGUACGAGUGCCAUUAUAGGUUAUCAACUGUGAAAUCGCACGCUGUAGGACAGUGGCAUGCAAUAGCUGACAAGUUGUCGCGCCGCUGCCACACGUUAAUUUAAUUGCUAGCUGAGGGUGCGGCGAUGAUGUACAACAUCGCACACCUGCCAGCACUAGCUUGGCCCAAACAGUCCCAUGCUAGUCCCUUGUCUCCGCCUUUGGCGACGCACAGGGAUCUCGUCCUGAGCUCGGCCAGCGCAAGGCGGGCCUGUGUGGUUUGGGCGAGGGUCACACCAGCAGUCCAUAGUCAAUUUCGCAAUCUCUCAUGCACCCAACUCAUCUCAGUGAAUUACAGGCCUGCCUUGAAGAUGAGGGCAUGUGCAGUGUGUAGUAAAUUGGCAUGUAUGAGCGCACUGGCGCAAAGGGGAAAGCAUCUGGACUCGAUAGCUCUCUUUCACCUGAUGAAUACAAACAUGAUGGAAGCCCUUUAAUACUGCACUUCCAUCAUUGUAAUGGCUUCCCUUCGUUUUAGCAUGAAUGCAAAUGAGGCGCUGCUGUCGCAUCGAACAGUAAUUGUUAUCGAAGUUUCCU